GUUGCUAAGGUAAACAAGACCCUAUCAACCAGGUAGCUGGCCUGAAAGCCAAAUAGUUGGAUCAGCGCGAAAAUGGGCAUAUUGGGGAAAGAUCUUCUCAUUAAAGCAGCCAAACGAGCACAUCCAUGUAACAGCGCAGAGGUUAUAUCUCCAUCACUUGCUGCAGAAUACAUGUGUAUAUUACCUGUUAACAUCAUUUUGAGUAAUGUAUACUUUCUAUAUCCACAACAUAUUUCAGUUGUAUUUGUUUAUUGUGACACCAUUGCCAUUACUUAUGAUUUAAAAUAAACUGCAGUACAGUUGUUUUUACUCUUGAAAUGAUUUCUGUUUACCCAUCACUGAAAGGCUGUUUAGGAUACCGAGCUACAAUAAUGGAAUAACAUGUCUGAAAUGAAUGGAAUGAAGUUUCAUUGGUUACCCAGCUGUAUCACAGCCCUAUCUGCUUGGCUACAGUGACCAGCAAAACACACAUCUCACCCAGGGCCCAGGACUCCAUCAUGGGAGGCCAGAAUUCUAAACCCUUGCACAAAAAGCAACCCAGAGUUGUAAUGAUGGGACUUGACUAUUCUGGGAAAUCAACUAUCUUAUAUAAACUGAAAAUCAACCAACUAGUAGAGACAUUUCCCACUGUUGGCUUCAACGUGGAGCAUAUAGAAAUGUCUAAAAAUGUGUCUGUGACAGUGUGGGAUGUUGGAGGCCAAGACAAGCUCAGACCCAACUGGAAGGAGUAUUUAGAAGACACCGACGUUCUGAUCUUUGUUGUAGACAGUUCGGAUCCAGACAGACUCCCAGAUGCCACCGCAGAACUACUGAGCAUUCUGAACAAUGAGAAUAUGGCAGGCGUUCCGUUCCUAAUCCUAGCCAACAAGCAGGAUAUUACCGACGCUCUCCCUGCAAAGGAACUGAAGCAUAUUUUGAAGUUGGAAAAUUAUGAUGAUAGACCUUGGGAAAUACAGAGCUGCAGCGCGUAUACCGGAGAGGGCUUGGCUGAAGCAAUGAAUGCUGUUGCAAGCCUCCUGAAAAGAGUCCAGAACCCAUAAAUUACUAUUUAUUUAAGAUAACUGGCCCCAUAAAUGUAUGCAGAACAUCUGCCAGUCAUUUCCAGCAUUGUUUACAGAAUACUUUUAAUGACACUUUAUUUAAAAUACAUAAUUUAAAACAUUUCAUUAGAUAAUAAUAUGGAUACUUGAAACAUGCAGCUGUGGUGCCAUAGAUACAUUGCAGCACAUAAGCACUCUAUCAUUUCUCCACGUGUAACUCCGAAAUGACCGAUUUGCCGUAUUCAGGAGAGAGGGAAUUAUAUAGGCACAAGUACAAACUGCAUGUUUUAUGUGAUAUAUUUAUUUUUUUACAAAAUAAAAAUUGUUCCUGUUAUUGUG